GUUGCCGGCUCAGUCGCUGUGCGGGAGUGGUCGCCGAGGGAUGUGUGGUAUCGUAGCCGAGAGUGUGACCGAGGAAUAAAGAGCCGGUGUUUUAGUUUUCGCUCGCGUUCCACGCUCUCUCGCUCGUCCGUCUCGCGCGCGCGUUAAUCCCUGCGGUCGGAACUUAAAGCAGAGAGAGAGAGAGAGAGAGACCAGGAGAAGGAGAAGAACGGAAUACCAGUCGUAGUAGAGCCCAAGUCGCUGUCGUCGUCGCGGCACACGCAGGUUCUUUCUCGCCCGUCCCCUCCCCGCGCUCUCGUCGUCCGUCACGCCGGCUCACGGCUCUGCGUACGGAUCGUGUGUAUUUACGUCACUAUUUAUUGUACAAAGGACUUUAAGCUAAGCCGACACAAUGUCCGUGGAUAAGGAGGAAUUGGUGCAACGUGCAAAGCUUGCCGAACAGGCAGAGAGGUACGACGACAUGGCGUCCGCGAUGAAGGCGGUCACCGAGACGGGGGUCGAACUGUCGAAUGAGGAAAGGAAUUUGCUCUCGGUCGCGUACAAGAAUGUCGUAGGAGCGAGACGUAGCUCGUGGCGCGUAAUUUCAUCCAUCGAGCAGAAGACCGAAGGCUCCGAGCGCAAACAACAGAUGGCGAAGGAAUACCGGGAAAAGGUCGAGAAGGAAUUGCGCGAGAUCUGCUACGACGUGUUGGGUCUCCUGGAUAAGUACCUGAUCCCCAAGGCUAGCAGUGCCGAGAGUAAAGUAUUCUACCUCAAGAUGAAGGGUGACUACUACAGGUAUCUCGCAGAAGUAGCCACCGGUGAAACCAGAAAUACCGUGGUAGAGGACAGCCAGAGGGCAUACCAGGACGCGUUUGAAAUCAGCAAGUCAAAGAUGCAGCCUACCCACCCGAUCAGGCUAGGUCUCGCCCUGAAUUUCUCUGUCUUCUAUUACGAGAUUCUCAACUCACCAGACAAGGCCUGUCAGCUGGCCAAACAGGCGUUCGACGAUGCGAUCGCAGAGCUGGACACACUUAACGAAGACAGCUACAAAGAUUCCACGCUGAUCAUGCAGCUCUUGCGCGACAACCUCACUCUGUGGACCAGUGACACACAGGGCGACGGGGACGAGCCACAGGAGACCGGCGACAACUAACCUUCCUAAGCUUAAGUCCUUUCUAAACCUAAUAAGAACAUCCUAUUCUCUAUCGUCCCCCCGUCCCCCUGAAGUGCUCACCCAUGUCCAUCCACCCGAUCCAUCCAUCCAUCCGCCUGUCCUCUCGUCCCUCACGUACCUCGAUUCCUUCUGCCUUCCUUCCUGUCGCAGUUACCCCUUCUCCUGGAAUCUUUUCACUUCAAAAACUGAUCCUUCUUCACUUCUUAUUCUCUCUCUCUCUACCUCUCUUUCUCUCUAUCUUUCUCUCUCUCUCUCUCUCUCUCUCUCUCUUUAUCCUGACACGAUCGCACACUGCUGCCGAUACAACCGCCACAAGCUGCUACGCCCGGUUCGAAAAACUCGAAUGUUGAGAACCCCGAACAACCCACCCACGCUCGACCGUGUCCGCCCUGCGGAUGAUGACCGGCGUUGCUUUCCGGGGAAGGAUGUUUCUUAAAGAUUGAACCUGGACACGCGUACAGAACAUUCGCGACAGAGAGAGAGAGAGAGAGAGAGAGAGAGAGAGAGAGAGAGAGAGAGAGAGAGAGAGAGAGAGCGGCUCUCCUGUAUUUCACCGUCGCGGGAAUUGGAUCAUACUAUUCUUCAUCUGCUCGGAGUAGACGGGAAGCGGCUAAAACGUGUUCGAUACAUUCGUAUUGUACGCGACAGGAGAAUAAUAAUAACAAUGCAACGGCGGAUUAUUGAGAUGAGACCGGCACAGUCGAGCGAACCGUGUGGAUCAUUCGGUCUCUCUGGCACUUCGAAGUUUCUCAGCAAAAAAUAUAAAGUCCGUAUUGACCCAUUUGUACGGAGGAACAGGAAGGAGCGAAUUGUGGAUGAACAGAGGAAAGGACAGGAGGAGACAUAUACAACAAAUCCUCCCCCGCAUACCCUGUCUCGUCGACACGACUCUUAGUCGCGCGACGCCGCCGAAGGCGUCCGCGCGAGAGCGCGGCACACACUUCGGGUGACGAACAUCGGUAACGCACAUCGCAAGAAAAAAAAAAAAAAAGAAAUAACGCAAACAAGCUAGAUUGUAUUAUUCGGCUUCGCGAGUAGAAAACAAAAAAAAAGAAAGUUAUUACACACUAUAUGAAAGGUGAAAAUCACGUUGGGACGAGACACGGAAUGCAGAGGAUGUUACAAAAGAGACCCACUGUCAUUACUCCCAGAAUCUGCUCGCUGCUUACCAUCUAAAGAAACAAAAAGAGUAAUAAGGCUAGAACGAAGGGGAAAAAUGAGAAGGAGGCUACAGACGAAAAGAGAGAUUAGCGCGAUGGUUUCGAGAAGAUGCGAAGAGAACGAGAAAACCGAAAGAAAAGAAAAGCACGCAUGAAUCUACUACAUUAUAUCCAGUUGUCAUUUAAAUUAAAUUUCACAUUGUCUAGUAAGUACGAAUAUUAUUAUACGAAGGGAAGAACGUAGGAGGAGAAAGGAGAGUAAAAAAAAAACAAAUACAUUAAGUUAUUAAGUUCCAAAACGACAUCAGUGGUGACUUGAUUUUUACACUCUCGCUGGUUCGUUUUCUCUGUUCUUUCUUUUGUCUUUUUUUUUUUACUUUUUCUUUUCUCUCCGACACGCCUCCACCGACACCACCACCACACAACCAUCACCAUAUUGCACACGCGUAUACAAUUCAGAUAUAAUAAACAUCUCCUCCCGAGCGGAUUCCUUCCUCCUUUUUCCUUCCGCCGCGACCGAAGAAAACUUUGCGGUUGUCUCGCUCUCGUUCCUAGAUGAAUUCGCAGAGUCGCGUGCGGCGACAGUCUGGAGGUUAAUCGAUCCUAAUCUUCCUCCCUACAUUAUAGUGCGACCUGUAAUUUAGACAGGGAAGAUCGGACCGAUCAGGGGCGACGAACGGGCGCUCGUUUCUCACUAGUGGACAACUGCUCCAUCAAGUAGUCUGCUAAUAAUUACUCUCAUUAUUUGUAAUCUCGUUGUAACGCAGAGCGAAGGAGCGCGCCUAUCUCGCCGCUCUGCUCGUCGCUAUCCGCCGCCAGUUCUUCGCGUAGUCGUGCAAUACCGAUCGCGGAAAAAGGAGGACGGGGAUGACACGCGACGUUCCGUUUCUUCAUCUGGUCGAGCGCAGAGAUCGCACACACAUACACAUAUGUAUAAUCACACGUGGUUACGCGAGAUUACAUAAGUCUCGAUUCUGACGUCCAAACUUCCUCUCGCGCACCCUCUUCGAUCGCGCUCCUCGUCUCUCUUUUUCCCUCUCUCUCUCUCUUUCUCUCUCUCUCCCUCUAAUAUAUUAUACGCGAUAUAUGUAUAUAUAUACACAUAUGCCAUACACACAUAUAGAUAUAUAUACAUAUAAUGUAUAUAUAUAAUGUGUAUAUAUAUGUAUAUAUAUGUAUCCAUCUACCACAUGUUCUUAGUGAACUAAGAUAUCGCGAUCGAGAAGAACGGAGAGAGAGAGCGUAAAUCGUAUGUACACAUUACCACACCUAUUUAGACGUAUAGUCGCAUACUUACUUUCGUCCGUGAUGAACGUGAUGUUCAUUGGUAAGAAUACGCAAUGGGUGAUAUUAAUUAACAAUAAUGUCGCUUCUCGAGAAAUAGCGUCGUACAAGCUCGAAUAUCGAGGGCUAAUAUUCGCCGGUCCUUCCAUAAGAUCCUAUGAAUCCGGUGAAGGUACACGCGCAUCGAACGAAGUCUCGGUAAAUCCUCGAAAGGAUUACAUCCGCACGCGCAAUCAACGAUCGGAUUGCGAGAUCGGACGAGACAGUCUACUCACUCGUAUCGCGUCUUCAUAUCGUAAUGGUCAACGCGAAACUUCGUUCGACAUGUACCACAUGCAUCGCAGCUCGUGCACGCAGCGCGACAUAUGCGAGCACUUUGGUCGUUGUCCUGACGUUUCCCCCAAAUAUCUUAUUCCAUUUGAGCGAGAGCCGCAGAAACUCUAAACGGGAGGUCAAAGACUUAUCCGAGCAGAAUUCUUCGUCACGCAUUCGUAGGACACCAUCCAAGAGGAAGAUUUCGUAGAUAUUUCAAAAACUCAUAUGAGCAAACGGGGAGCUGAGUGCCUCCUCGCUCUUCUCAUAUAUGUAUGUAUAAUCAAGCAAAUGUGUAUAAUACGCACGUGCUGAAAUUAAUACAUAUACGCUGCAGACUUACAUGUACGCACACAAUAUAUACAUACAUACAUACACACACACAUAUAUAUAUAUAUAUAUAUAUACAUGCAUGCAUACACAAAACACAUGCAUAAUAUAAUAUCGUUAACGGGAGACAGAAAAGUUUAAGCAGCAGGUUAGUCGCUAAUUACACGUGAAUGGGUAAACGUUUUCCUGUUGUCGUGUUGAUAUUUCUCGAUGUAUAAUCGGUAGUUACUGUCUCAACAGCGAAAUUGUCCGAGAAGUCGCCCCGCCGCCGCCGCCGCCGCCGCGGAGCCGGGAAAAGGGAGAAAAACGCACACGCGUGAGAGUAAUAUCAUUCCGCACGUCGGACAUUAGAAACGAAGAAGCGAGUGAGAAAAGAGGAAAAGUAAGAAAGACACGAGGGUGAGACAGACGCAGAGUCGGGAGAGACGAUGGAGCAGCGAGAACGUCCGGACGGCGACUCCUAAACCGCCAAUCCUUCUUGAGAACGGAAGCGAGAGAAUGUAACUUGUGUGAUUGAAGCCUCGCUCUAACCCAUUGCCGAUAUUCAUUUCCGUUUGCUUGACCGCAACGUGCGCAGGACGUAGAGAGAAAGAGAGAGAGAGGAAGAAAGAAAAAGAGCAAGCCGUCUGCUUCACAUCCUGGCACGUCUACGUCCUGCGUUUUGCGUCUGCAAACGGGGCCUCGGGGUCGAGACGAGACGAAAUGAGAUACGAAAGAAUAAGAUACGAGCGACAAGGAAUAUGUGACAUGUGUCGAUAACGGAACGGGAGCAACCGGUCGGCGGGGAAGAUCCGAGCGAACGAGAGAAAUUCCAUGAAAUCACAUGGACAAAACAUCGUGCUUAGUUGCAGAGAUAAAGUGAAGAUAAGAAGAUACAGCGCGUUGCGUUCAGCGGCACGCAAUCGCUUCGUAGCGAGCGUUUAGCAAUAACCCGCUGAAAUGUGACCUGAACAAAAUAGCGGCAACACAUCUAUCGGCGAGCUGAGGAUACGCCGUGUACUAAGCGUGACCUUUGAAGUGACAAAUUCAAUUAAUUCAGUCAGCAGAGUUGCCAAUAUGGAAGACAAGAUAUAAUUUGUUAUUGAAACAUGCGACAAUAUUAUCUUGUUCUUUUUUUAGAACUUGUGUUUCAAGUUGCUAUUAGAGUCAAGUAUUUGUCUUAUUUUGUCCUUACUUUUUUGUCUGAUCUUAAUAUCUGUAUGAUUUCCUCAGAUGAAAAAUUGUACAAACAGAAACUGCUGACAAUCACGUCUGUUAAUUGUCGAUUAGUUGAAUCAGAGUUUAGUGAAUGUCAUCCUUGUGCUCAUUUCUGCCCAGCGUUGAUUAAACCUUAGCCUGAAUUUCAGUCCUUGUCUGAACAGAGUGUAGACUAAGAUUAAGGUUUAAUCGACGCUGGCAGAGACGAGCAUUAGUCGAAUAAUCGUUUGUUUAAGCAUGUGUGUUGGCAUAACGACAUCAGCUCGAGAGAGCGCCCGGCAGAAUGUUUCAACAGCUCGCUGGGAAUGCGUCGCAUCGCUAAUCGCUCACGAAGCGCUUCGUCCGGCUGAAUGCGGCCUUGAAUGUAUUCUGAAUAACAGCGAGUCGGACUCGCGUUUAUUUCUUGUCGCCUGUAUGUUAUCCUUACAUUUCGUCGCGAAGAGAGAGACCCAAGGCCGAAGAGUCACAUGUUGAAGGGUGCGGACAGGUACCUCCUCCCCAUCCUUCCUACCUCCCUUCCUUUCCGGAGAGUUCUCGAUGAACGUUCAACGAGGGCUGGCUGGCCGGGACUGAGCGGAUGUAUGUGUAUGCACGAAAAAAGAACUCCAGUUUGGGUAAUUGAAUGAAGACCAGACGAAAAAUUCGCCAACGAGAAUUAAAGCUCUGUUGACGCAACUCAGAACAAUUGGCUAAGUAGAAACCUCCUGCAAAAAUCUCAGUUUCUACAACAAAGUUUUUUAUCUGGUCCCCGAGCAACAGAAAAUUCAGUUAUACUAACGGAGUUGUUUUGUUUGUGUGUCAUAUUGUGUGUGUGUGCGCUAGUGUGUGUUGAGAGGUGGUAGGAUAUGAAGGAUGCAUCACGCGUCGGAGGAUAGUGUUAUCGUCGAUCUCGACCUCGCGCAGUGAGCUCUCUUCGAAUGUACACGGUGAAAACAAUUUCGUUAGUGUAGCUGAGUUUUCUGUUACCUGACGACCAGACGAGAAACUCGAUUGUAGGACCAGAAAGAUCGCUGUAGGAGGUUUCUACUCAGCCAAUUGUUCUCAUCUCAAUCAAGAUUUUAACGCAACUGAAUGCUCAGGUAAAUCUCAGUCACGAUAACAGAGAUAUGAUUCCUUAUCAGCGAGUUUUUCGUCUGGUCCCUGUUCAGUUACACGAACUAAAAUUCUUUCGCCAUGUAUCAUUCUCCUGCUCCUCUCUUUUCAUCUCAUCCCAUCCUCUCUCGAGGCUACUCUUGUUUUCCCCACAUUAUCGUCCUGCACCUUCGGCUCUCUUUCCUCUUGAGUUGACUUCUUUCCGAACAAGUUUUCCCCGAUCCUCUGAACCUCCUCUUCCUCCUCCUCCUCUUUCUUCCUCUAUCUUUCCUGUCGAUCCACACCAGUCGUCUCUCUGAUUCCGACCCCUUGAAUCUUAACAUCUUGUGUUCUUUUCAUUUUUUUCUGGAUAUUAUGAAUUUUCCAAAAUAAACGUUAUGUUUUUUUAAUAACA